AUGGAGGACGAUCCUUCUACCGGCGGUCUCUUUGCCGACCCGGACGGCUUCUACCCUCCGACGCCACCGCCAAGACCGGUCUCGUACACGCUGCAGAGCGGGCAAGAGCUGAGGAUGCAUCUCGUGGGCCAGCCGUCGCUGGAAGCGAACCACCUGUGGAACGGGGCGCGGGCGGUCUCGAAGCUCUUCGAGAGCGACCCGUCGCUGGUGGCGGGGCGGACGGUGCUGGAGCUGGGCGCGGGCGCGGGCUUGCCGUCGCUGGUGUGCGGGGUGCUGGGGUGCCGGCGGGCGGUGCUGACGGAUUACCCGGACGUGGACAUCGUGGCCAACAUGCAGUCCAACGUGGACGCGCUGGAGGAGACGGUUGAGGAGACGCGGGGCCGGGUCAAGGUCCGGGGCUACGUGUGGGGGCGGACCCGGCGCCGCUGCUCGCGGAGCUGGAGGGGGUUGGACGUGGAAGCGGGCGCGGGCGCGGGCGAGGGGUUCGACGUGCUGGUGCUGGCGGACCUGCUGUUCCGGCACUCGGAGCACGGCAACAUGGUCAAGUCGAUCAAGGCGACGCUGAAGCGGGACAAGGGGAGCGUGGCGUACGUCGUGUUUACGUCGUACCGGCCGUGGCUCAAGGAUAAGGACCUCGCGUUCUUUGACAUGGCGCGGGGAAGGGUUCGUGGUGGAGAAGAUUCUGGAGGAGAAGCUGGAUAA